UGUCUGUCUCUGUUGCUAGUUGCUACUUAAAGUACCCACGUAAAUUGUAUGAGAAAUAUAUUUUGUUAUAUUCAUUGUCUUAGUAAGAAAUAUAUUUUACAUGUAGUCUAGUCUAUAAUAAUGCUAUAUAGAGAACAAGUCUCUUUUAUUUGUCGUUGGCUGGGUAUUCUUAUCGGGCCAUAAAAAUAGAAGUCACUUAAAAUGAUCAUAAAUAUGUAUUAAAACACUUGUAAGAAGGUGUGGUUUCUUUUGAAAAGAAAUGUGUAUAACUUGUUAAAAUGAGGUUUAAUAAGCAAGAGUUAGCUGCUUUAGCAUCGCAGACUUCUCAAAGUUUCGAUCGCGAGGGUAUAAUGGUGCUAAAGGAAAAACAAGAUGGUUUUUUUCGUCGUUCUGAAGGUUCCUCAUUGCGUUGGUUUCGUUUAAGAGGAAAUUUGUUAUUUUACCUAAAAGGUCCUGAGCCUUGGCAUGAACCUGUAGGCGUAAUUAUAUUAGGUCAGCAUCAAGUCAAAAUACAGACACAGGAUGAAAAUGGUUAUUGGCCAUUUCAAAUAGUUUGGGAAAAUGGUAAUUCCUAUAGAAUGGCCACAUUUCAUGAAGUAGAGCGCACAUUAUGGUUGAAAGCUAUUCAAAAUGCACCAUAUGAUGUCAUAAAUUCACAAAUACUAACACUAAAGGAAAAACUAAAUAAAAUCAGAGCGGUUACUGAUAUUACAACAUAUAGGCUACAAAAAGGCAUAAUAUUGGACACUAAUGAAGUACCGCUAUGUGAACUGGCUCUUACUUGUGAUAAUCUUUUGUGCGAUGCACACGGACGGCCACCAUCACCGUUCAUUGUUAUUUAUAUAAAGUAUUCUAAAGGGCUCUGUAUUAAAUAUGGAACAACUGAGAUAAUUGAGACGUGUAGUAACCCUAGUUUUUCAAAGACUGUGCUAUUUCGUGCAAGCGAUGGUCUGACACAAGAUGCGAUAGUAAGGAUAGUUGUGUAUGAUGUCAAAGAGCGUGUGUCUGAAACAGCUGUUCCGAUGGGAUUUACUUCUUUACAAUUGAGCACUAUACAGGAAGCGCAGAGAUUACGAGUGGGUCUAGUAACACGUGAAAACAAAACUGUCGGCUUCGUAACAAUAAAUGGUUGGAGCUUAGAACCUUCUUAUGUUGGAUCAAGUCCGAGUCAUGCAAAUGAUAGAAAUUGUAUCGAUGUACCACAAAAACUUCUCUGCCAUCGACGGUCCCAGUCUCUGCCACCUAGACUGGGCUUAAAGCUAAAAUUUCCAUCAUAUGGCAACCUUUUAAAACAGAAUUUUGUUAAUAGCCAUCAAGUGACAUACAGAUUUCAUUCUGGUCUAGGAGGUGAUAUAACUGUUCACGAAAUUAUGGCUGAACCAAAACUUUGUUACCAAAUUCCUAUGCAAGUGUUAGAAAUAUAUAUACAACGAGAAAAAGAGCUUUUAGAAGAACUUUUAUCAGUUGGCGACGUUUGUGGACAAUGGCAAAGUAAACAAUUGGACUUAGCAAGUACGCAUGUAUCAUUACUGAAACAUUACUGCCAUUCUAAGAGAUGUUUGCAUCAAGCAGAACACGCUUAUUUUAAAGCAAGUUGUAAGAAAGACGAUUCGAGCUUAGAAUUUGCUCCAAUAAAUUUGCAUUUACAAAGAAUGUGGGUUUAUAACGAUACAUUGAAUAAGACCGGGUUUCAUGACGUCAUCACGGCGGGCGCGUUCGCUGCCCAUACACAUAAAGCUGAAAGAACUGGCGGCCUAAUUAGGCUGGUACAACAAGUCAAGGACAUAAGUAAUACUAAAUCAGCAUUGAAUUAUGCAGCUGCGAAUAAGAUUCAAGCAGAAUAUGAUAAUGUAAUGGCUCUGACGCGAUUACGAGAUGAAAUUGCAACAGAUAUGGACAGAAUAGUAGUUCUCUUACAAGCGAAUCAAGGGAAUGAAGUUAUAAGUAUAGCUGAGGUUAUCAAAAGUAAAAUGAAAAUCAUGAUGGAGAUGUGGAAGCCCGAAGUUGUUGAAGAAUCGUUAGCGGUCAUUGGUUGGCCGAAACAUAGUUGCACCGAUGACUCGGAGAAUCAAACGAUGUCGACUCUCGUACGUCUCACAGAACAGUUGAGCCAGUUCGAUACUAAUUCAGACUGUGAUACAUUUGACGCCUCUUCGAGUUCCAGUUCUAAGGAAACAUCGCCAACAGUUGACUUCGCGUCAUUCCCAUCUAGUUCAUAUAUAUGUUCAAGUAACUGCCAUAAACUCGAUAAGAAUUUGAACAAACAUAGUAGCGAAUUGCAGUUUUACAACGAUUAUUUCAAUAGUGAAGAACGGAAUAGACUGAACCAUUCGUUCAGAUCAGUCCGUUCACCGACGAAGCCGAAAUUGAAUGAUACUCACAGUUUUUCAUUCGAUUCGAAAAGAACGAGGCAUGGUAGCCUUAGACACGAUUUUAAAAGUACCGCCUCCUUAGAGCAGGUUUCGUAUCGCUGUCUUAUGGAAAGUUUGAGUGGGAUGGACAAGAAAAAGAAUUCAGCCUUAAAGAAAGAGUCAUCAUCGUUGCCAAGCAUAGGUCAAAUAGAUUCCGCGGCCAGAGAGAGUAAUCUUGCUUUUCUGAAAAGCAUCAGUACUGAUGUUGACGUAUCAGUUAAUUCAAUCUUAGACACUGCAUUAAAUUUAGCUAAAUGUACUGAAGGUAUGACAGACGAAGAUCUCGAUAGUUUGAAGGGUCAGACGGAAGAAUUCAAAGUGCUAGGCGAGUCGCUCUGCAGAUGGUCAAGAGUUGGCCAUGCGGCGAUGAGGCUUCGUUGUGAAUCACCCUCAUGGGCGCGUGAACACGCUUCUUUACAAACCAGACGUGAUACUUGCUUUUCACAAGCGCUAACAACACUUACAGCGGGAUUACUCUGUUGGUUCUGUUCAAUGCCUAGUGAUGUAAUAGUGAAAGUGUUGACUUCAGAGCUUGGGCCGUUGUGUGGUUUUGAAGGACUGCUGAGUCUUUAUUCCACGGAGAAGGCCAUGUGGGGUGAUAUGGUUGUGGCUGUAGAAGAUUUGCAAACGGUUGUUUUUACAUUGACAAAAGUUGGACACAGUAACAUGGCUAUACCGCAAGUGAGCGGAACGAGAGGUGCUUUAACAGUUCAAAUACCUGUCUCUGAUUCUCUCUACAAUAAGUUCACGAAUAAACAGCACUUGAGUUUUACAAUAACGGCAGUGUUCUUUAAUAUCGGUAUAAAUGAAAAAGCGACGCUGGCCGAGGCCUUAGGUGAAACGACACCACAGUAUCAUUCGAACAACGACAAUUUGGACAGACUUUAUAAAUAUUAUCACAAGUAUAAUAAAAUAUUUCCAACUGAUCCAAUGGCUCUGAACAGAGCUUCUUCAAGGACCAAACCGCUGGAAGAGGUCAUGGAGAACUUACGUAUCGCUGUCCAUAAAAAAGUUCCUAAAAACAUAGAAGUGUUACAUCUUGCUGCAUUAGCUACAAGGUUUAUGAAUGGUAUAAGGUUCACAUCGUGUAAAAGUGCAAAGGAUAGAACUGGAAUGUCAGUUACUCUAGAGCAAUGUACGAUUCUCGCAUCGGAAUACCAUUUAGCCGAACACGAAAUGAAAAAGGCACUUAACAUUAUGAGAAGUGAAGGAUGUCGUCGAGAGAACACAUUCAAAAACAUCGGUGUAAGAAAAUACGCCUUUACGAAAAAACAGGUAAUGUCUCUACCUGAAGAAUACAGACCACCGCCUGGCUCUUAUGGCUCUUCGCAAACAUAA